GCUCGUGAGAACAGACAAGGAACGAUGGACCAGCCCAUGCAUGCCAGCUCGGCCUUGGAGCUCAUGUUGCUUGCGACCGUUGGUAUCUCGUUGCGCCACGACACAACAGGCCAGUCCGCAACGCUCGUGAAGAGGUCGCCCGCCAACAAUGCUGACGACGCAGUCGAGGAUUUUCGCGAGUGCCAACGCGAGCUCGCAGCAUUUGACGUGCGCCUCGCCAACGCCUCCAGGGCGACUGAGGCGCCGCCGCCAGCGCAGGCUCCAGAGAUAGUGCCGAUCUUACUCACGGCGUCCGACUCCAAGACGGCGCUCGACCCCAAAGCACGACUCUCGGUGUCUGAAAAAGCAAACAAAUCGCGCCCCGUGACCGUCCAAGUGAGCGGUCGGCGCGAUGAGCGCGCGAUAACACCAUCAAGCUCCGGGUCGCGUCUUCCGUCUCCGUCAAAAAAAGAAGCGGCGGCGGCGGCUGCAGCGGCAGCGGCGUUGGCCGAGGCAGCAGCCGCGCAAGCAGCAGCUGCUGCCGCUGCCGCGGCGAAAGAAGACGAGGAAGAGGAGCUUGGGUACCUUCGAUGCACGCUAAGCGACACGUACUCCGACUUGGAGGCAUGCUCACUUGAUUGGUGCAACGAACUGCCCGAGAUCAUGGCCCUGGGCCACGAUCCGAGCAACGUCGUCCGCGCCGUUCGCAAUCUACGCCUCACCAAACUUGGGAUCGAGGCCAUCGACAGUAACUUUGCCCGGCGACUCCAGCACCUCGAGCGCAUCGACUUGAGCGACAACAACCUCGCUCUCCUCGAGCACCUGCCGGCGUCAGUUCUCGAAGUCGAUGCGUACAACAACGCGCUCUCGGACGUGCGUUUGAUGUGUCCGCAGCUCGUGCACCUGGGCUUGGGACUCAAUGCCUUUGCAGUGUGUCCUACUUUGCCGACCUCGUUGCUGUCACUGGAUCUCUCCUUUAACAAGCUUGUCGCCCUCGAUGCGCUCAUGAACGCGCUUCGAGACCUUCCACAUCUGCGCCACGUCUUCCUUGUCGGGAAUCCUAUCGCUCUCUGUCGCGGGUACCGGCAUGCCCUCCUCACGCAGCUGCCGAUGCUUGAGGUCGUGGAUGACAUCGUGAUUCGAGACAAGGAGCGAGAGGCCGCCAAGAACGUCGACUUUGGUGGGGAGCGUUCGGUCGACCUUACGGCAGCAGUGACUGUACUUGGUCUUCCAGAGCCUACCGACGCUGGUCCCAAGUUUGCUGUCACAGUCGAGAUCGCAUCGGGCUUGCUACAUGAGACCCUUGCAGAAGUCGCAGUCAACGGCAAUUGCCGCGGGUACGAGAUGGCCCGUCACUCUUUGGCUCCAUCCGUGGCAUUGCGCGACCGCCUGAAGUUUCAAGGGCUUGUCGUAAAAGUCAGCGAAGUGCGGCCAGUGCUGGACACUGCAGCAGAAACCACCUCAUCAAGUAUCCUGUGGCUCUCUAUGAUUGUCGACGUCGCGGCGUUCCUCAAGCCGGCCUCGAUUGAGCUGGCGCUGGGCGAGAUUUGUGUCGCCAAGGCCAUCCAGAUGAACGUUGUAUCGCCCGACGUCGCUGGCGCCGGCGGCGACUAUCAGCUGCAUGUCAAGCUCACGCUCAAUGAGCGCAAAACCAAAUGAUGCUGCGAGUUUGUCCCAAAUUUCUCGUUUCACAACGUGUCGUGUGCGUAUGAAAUGUGUACCGU